UGCUGUUUUAUUAGAGAGUGGUUGGCGGGCAUGGCGACGUGUACGCUACGCGGGCUGGCAGUGGCCGGUGGAGGCGAGAGUAGCGAGAGCGAGGAUGACGGCUGGGAGAUUGGUUAUCUCGACCGGGCGGUUCAGAAAUUAAAAGGGCCAUUGCUCCCUGAAGAAAAGAAUGAAACAUUUAAAAAAGCAUUGACCACAGGAGAUAUUUCAUUGGUCCAGGAGCUUCUAGAUUCUGGAAUUAGUGUAGAGUCCAGCUUUCGGUAUGGAUGGACUCCUCUUAUGUAUGCUGCUAGUGUUUCCAAUGUAGAGCUGGUUCGGGUCCUUUUGGACAGAGGUGCUAAUGCAAGUUUUGAUAAAGAUAAGCAGACUAUUUUGAUAACUGCAUGUUCUGCACGUGGCUCAGAGGAACAGAUCUUAAAGUGUGUAGAACUACUGCUUUCAAGAAAUGCUGAUCCAAAUGUUGCUUGUAGGAGACUUAUGACUCCAAUCAUGUAUGCUGCCCGAGAUGGUCACCCUCAGGUUGUUGCUCUCCUUGUUGCUCAUGGAGCAGAAGUUAAUUCCCAAGAUGAGAAUGGUUAUACUGCUUUAACAUGGGCAGCACGUCAGGGUCAUAAAAAUGUAGUUUUGAAGUUGCUUGAACUUGGAGCUAAUAAAAUGCUACAAACCAAAGAUGGAAAGACACCAAGUGAGAUUGCAAAAAGAAAUAAACAUCUGGAGAUCUUCAAUUUUCUUUCUUUAACUUUAAAUCCAUUGGAGGGAAAGCUUCAACAGCUAACUAAAGAAGAGACUAUCUGUAAACUAUUGACAACAGAUUCUGAUAAAGAAAAUGAUCACUUAUUUAGUUCAUAUACAGCAUUUGGAGACCUGGAAAUAUUUUUACAUGGUCUUGGACUUGAACAUAUGACAGAUUUAUUAAAGGAAAGAGAUAUAACCUUAAGACACCUUUUGACUAUGAGGAAAGAUGAAUUUACAAAGAAUGGAAUUACCAGUAGAGAUCAGCAAAAAAUUCUGGCUGCUCUUAAAGAACUAGAGGUAGAAGAGAUAAAAUUUGGAGAAUUACCUGAAGUGGCAAAGUUGGAAAUCAGUGGUGAUGAGUUCCUCAACUUUCUUCUGAAAUUAAACAAACAGUGUGGCCAUUUAAUAACAGCUGUACAGAAUAUCAUAACUGAGUUGCCUGUAAAUUCUCACAAGAUAGUACUAGAAUGGGCUUCUCCCCGGAAUUUUACUUCAGUUUGUGAAGAACUGGUUAGUAAUGUUGAAGAUUUGAGUAAAGAGGUCUGCAAACUAAAAGAUUUAAUUCAGAAGUUGCAAAAUGAGCGAGAAAAUGAUCCAACUCACAUUCCAUUAAUGGAAGAAGUAUCAACAUGGAAUAGCAAAAUCUUGAAGAGGACGGCUAUUGCAGUAUGCGGAGUUGGGUUGCUUCUUUUUGUUUGCAAGCUAACCUUGCAGAGAAAAUAACCAUAACAUUUGUUUUGAAUAAUGUAUGUAUAAUUCAAAUUACCUACGAAUGUUGCUUUUAACUAUUUCUGGCACAGUAGAACUACAUUAUUUGUUGGUACUCCAUAGGAGAAAUUAUGAUUGCAUAGAGCAAAAAGUUUCUUUAGAAGAUGGUUUGUCAGUUUGAGUUAAAAACAUAAUUUGCUAUACUGUUAUGUUAAUUUUGAUCAAGUAGUAAAUUACAAGUGAUUCUCAAGUUUGAUUCUAUGAUUCUAAAUCACAUUCAAAACAAAAGUUUUAUCUAAUAUUCUUUGACAUUUAAAAGCAGUGUGGGGGCGCGUGGGUGGCUCAGUGGGUUAAAGCCUCUGCCUUCGGCUCAGGUCAUGAUCUCGGGGUCCUGGGAUCCAGCCCCGCAUUGGGCUGUCUGCUCGGCAGGGAGUCUGCUUCCUCUUCUCUCUCUGCUU